AUUCUCUCCCCCUCUCUGGAAGAGUUCAUCCGCAGAGCACUCUUCGCAGGCCAGUCAGCGCCAAAAAGUGCGGAGCUCUAGGACAAGAUCCACGUACGGUCCUGCGCGAUCCAAGCCACGGUUUUCUACGAUUGCUUUACCGGUGGCUUCCUUUCGAGUUAACACUCGCUAUUCUCCUGUGUUUAACAUUGUUUCAUGACUAAGUUAUAAAAAAAAAUAAAAAAAAAAGUAAAUAAAUAAAAGAUCAUUGCCGAUUAUAAUCGACGUUGAAGAAUUAUCUCUAUUCACCCGUCGACAUACGAACGAUCGAUUUUUGAGACAUACGCAGAGAGGGGAGAGGGAGAAAAAGAAAGAGAGAGAGAGAGAGAGAGAGAGAGAGAGAGAGAGAGAGAGAGAGAUAGGUAGUUGUCGUUCGUUGAAAAAGAGUGAGUACAUCCAUUAAUAAGAAUAAACGGAGAAAGGUGUUACGAAGGAUCCUUGGGACUAUCUUAAUGAUCGUGCUCGAUCGUGGUGUGCAUCAUGCAGGAGUUUAAGUCGACGUCUCGUCAGACGUCGGCUUGGUUGGAUAGAUUAAUUCGUUGAUCGAGAAUGCGGGACUUGGCAACGUGACGACAAAGAAGCUAAAAGAUAAAUAAAACUAAAGAAGCUAAGAAGAGAGACAUAAAAGAAGAGAGAGAGAGAAAGAGAGAGAGAGAGAGAGAGAAAGGAAAAUAGAAGGAAUUCGGAUUGUAGACUUUAGAUUUUGGACUUUCACAGAUGCAAAGAAUCUUCGGAAAACAGUUGAUGAACGGUCGUCGGUGUUGGUGCGAUCGUUUUGUCUCGAGCUGCCGCCGGUUUUAGGCCUAACGUGUGCGCGCGCGCGCGUGUGGUGUAAGGCGAAUCGGUGAAAACCGAUCACCGGCAGUGGCAGGAUGAUGUACUCGCCGGACAAGAUGAUGGGAAGCAAGGGACUCCAUGGGGCACCGAUUACCGCCCCCGGUUGCUUCCCUUCGGGCAGAUAUUCACCACCACCAUAUCGUGCCGCGCCGGAUCCCAUGCCGCCGCCGCCGCGACGCUGUAUGCCCAAUCCCACGAGUCGUAUAUUGGAAGAUGCAUCCAUAAUGUGCAAUUCUUGGUCACCAAGGCAUAAUGGUGACUUAUUCGGGGGCUUGAACAGCGGUCUGCAAGACGGCUUACUUUCGAGGGCGGAAGCUUUAGCCGCGGAUUUGGGAAAGCACAACGCUGGCACUCCAAUGCCUUUGAAACACGAUCCGGUUUCCGUUUACCAUCACGGUGCUCACAUGCCAACCCCCCAUCCAAAUAACCGGCCACAUCAUCAGGUACAAUCACACCUCUUUAUGAGUCACCCUGGAAUGGAAAGUUUGGAUAUGUUGGACCCAGCAAACUCGAUGACAACGUUGACACCAAUGUCUGAGGGAGCUGGUGGUGGUCCAGGUCAUCAUGCAGGUAUACAUGGACCUUCGGUGUACGGUGGAAUGAAUGGGAUGAUGGGACAUCACCAUCAUCAUGGUAACCUCGGUGGUGGAGGUGGAAGCGUACCACAUCCAGCUCAUCAUCAUCCAGCAAUGGCAGCAGCAGCAGCGGCGGCAGCAGCAGCCGGUCUUCAUCCUGACGCUGAUACGGAUCCACGAGAAUUGGAAGCGUUCGCGGAACGUUUCAAGCAGAGACGUAUCAAAUUGGGCGUAACACAAGCUGACGUAGGCAAGGCUUUAGCGAAUUUGAAGUUACCAGGUGUGGGUGCAUUAUCCCAAUCGACGAUAUGUCGCUUUGAGUCACUUACACUCUCCCAUAACAACAUGAUAGCACUUAAACCGAUACUUCAAGCCUGGCUGGAAGAAGCCGAAGCACAGGCAAAAAAUAAAAGACGUGAUCCAGACGCACCAUCGGUCUUACCAGCCGGUGAAAAAAAGCGAAAGAGGACUAGCAUUGCCGCGCCGGAAAAACGCUCAUUAGAAGCAUACUUCGCGGUACAACCGAGACCAUCCGGUGAGAAAAUCGCUGCGAUCGCGGAGAAACUCGAUCUUAAGAAGAACGUCGUCAGGGUCUGGUUUUGUAAUCAACGGCAAAAGCAGAAGAGGAUGAAGUUUGCUGCUCAGCAUUGACCCGAGGGUGGCUUGUGACAGCAGAACUGACCCUACCAGUUGCCCAGUCUCGAGCCGAAACCCGAACCCCUGACCGAAUUUCAGGGUUGGCCGUGAAGAUUCAGAUACAAAUACCUUCGUCAUCUAUUUUCUUUAUCCUGAUCUCCUUCUCCUCCUUCCUCCUCUUCUUCUUUUUUUCUAAAAUGUGUCUCGAUAAAACGGCCCGAAAUUUUUACGGCUUGAUACUGUGGCCAUCUGGUACAAUGAUCAGCUAUCGUCAGUUACACUGUCGCAGGCUGAUAUCGAUAAGUGGCUACGAAAAGCCGCAUUAGACGGUCUCUCUCGACGCGUUGUGACAUUGAACGAACCUACCGUGUUCCGGUGUGUCGAUUAAAGGACGAUCUAGUUUGGCUCUGUUUAAACAGCAGGGAGGAUUUUCUCUUGUCUUCGUUUUUUUUUUACCAUUUACCUUUUAUAUUUAUUUUUCUCUUCUAUUUUCUAUUUCAAUAUUACCUUCCUAUCUCAUAAUCGGCAAAGUAAAUAAAAACUCUUGAAAAAAAUCUCCGUUCUCUAUAACAACCGGAACAGCGAACACUUCGAUUUUACGAAGCGAUCCCACGAUAAAACGUUUUACGAGCUCGUUUUACCCCUUUCGCCGUCAUCGUAUACGCCUCCUCUCUCGAGCAAAAUGUGUCGCCCCAUCAACGAAUCGAAUCUUUACGUACUGACUGCUUCAGUUUUUUUUUCCUUUUUUUUUCUUUUUCUUUUUUACGAUAAAAACAUAGACACACGCGAGAGAAUCCUCUCUUGAAUAAUUAAUUAAUCAAUCGAUCGAUCGAAAAAUCAAGAAACAAAAAGAGCGGAAACGGAAAUAAGACGCGUCUCGGAAAGUACAAUUCGAAACAUAAAAAAAAAAAAAAA